CACCUGUUGCGGUCAGAGCAACACUCGCCUACACUGUCGCACAAAGUUCGUAUAGAAUUGAAUCGAGCUGAAAAUGUUUUGUGGUCGCAAGUGCUGUCUGUUCUGCCUGUUCAUGAGCGCCUGGGGCUUCUUGAUGCUGAAUCUACUGGGUGUCUUCUUCUACGUCCAGUCACUGAUGCUCCUGGAGUCCCUGCCCUUGCCCCACCACUUCCACAGUCAGGAGGCCUUCAAGGAGCAGGCGGACGAGGCCUACCAGGACGUGUCCACCCGUUGCUUUGUGGCCGCCGUCUUCUAUCUGGGAUUCGUCUUCAUUGCGAUAGUGGCCAUUCGUCGGGAUAACAAGAGGAGGAAGCGACUGUACAAGCGGGGUCCCGGUCACAUGCGGUUCCGUCGUUGAUUUGUAUGCUCCAUGAUUGGUUAUUGAAUAAACAAUUUAUUUUCAUGGUUCCAAUUGCAUUUCACCCACUCAGCGACGUCCACCCACUUGUUGGUUCAGAUCGAAAGAACCAGUUUGUUGACCGCAUUCUGCGAUUAGCCUUAACUUCUUUAUCACCAAGCAAGCCACUUUUCGAUUUCGAGUCUGGCCGACUGUCCACUCCGCAUUAUGCAUUCGUCUCGACCAACCGAUUUUUGACAGCCGCACGUGACACCUUCUCCGAGGUGUGUUCUCUUUGGGGCAUCAUAAAUUUCCGUGAAAUUCUCUUACCGAAACAUGCUAAUGGGAAUGGGGGAGUGUGGGUUCCCAGUUCUGGUUAUUCUGGGUCACUCUGGGUGCCCCCCACUCACCUCUAUACCCUAGUCUUGUCUACUCCGGGGUUAUGUAUCUUGUUGUU